ACACGGGCAGAUGUUUAACAUGGAUUCCAAAAUUCCCAAACCAGCGUUCUUGAAGAAACCUGCCGGACCGCUUAGUUUGCCCGGUAAUGCUCGUCUACCGUUAAGCAGAGACUUGCUUAAUCUCCCCCAAGCAAAUGCAACCAUGUUUGCCAAGCGUAUGGCCUCGCCCGAUAAGCCAAGUAACGGGGGUGUGUUGAACCGUGCCAAAUUGCGCCGCAGCCGAUCAGCUACCGAUCUAAACAGACCGGACUUCCAUCGCCCGAAGUACAUGUCCAAUCUGGCACCGAUAGCGUCAAGAUCGGUCGCUAUUAACGCCACAACCGUAUCGAUGAUGGUGGGCAGCGAUCUGAUCAAACCGCUAUCCGAAACCAACGGUACCAGAACGCACCUUCGCAGAAGUCGUUCCGCUUGCGACAUUGCGAUGAAAUCGAAUGUGUCCUCUGGGUCAUCCACAAAUACAUCAUCCGUAAGUGGGAUGUCAUCGUUGGCCGGAUACAAGCGACAGCCACCAGCCGCAGCCGCAGUUCGUAAUGGUGUACCGGCCAAGGUUUCCAAGAUGGUUACAUUAAACCCGAAAAAUGCUGGGCCAGCUGGGAUUGCUACAACCACGCUUACCAAACCAUCAUCACAGAAGCCAGCAAUCGCUCUAACUGCAUCAAAGAAGGCGAUGGUUCCGCCAAUAAAAAGUAUUUUAGGUGUCAAAACAGGUAGCAGUAGUGGUGGUGGCGGCGUAACUGUUUCGAGUACAAAAACGACCAGUGUGAAUGCUCCAAAAGCGAACGCCGUUGGCACGAAGCCAGUUGGCAAAACGAUGAACAAACGCAUUCCACCGUACGACUAUAAAGCCCGGUUUGCCAACCUGACCGAAAAGCACAAAGCGCUGGUGGAGAAACAUGAGAAACUCCAGGAAGAGCAUGCCAGCCGGGAAGCUCUGCAGGAGCUGUACGAUGAUUGUACCCGCGAGCUGAGCAAUCUGAAAAAUCAACACACCCAACUGCAGGCCGAACUGCGACAGAUCCGACUGGAGAAUGAAGAGCUAAAGCAAAGCAAUGUAACGCUCACUGCCGCCCUUCAGCACACGGAAACGGAAUUGAGCAAAUAUCGGGAAAAAUUUACCGUCGUCGAUCGGGAAAAUGAGGAGCUACGAAAACAGCUGAAAGAGCUGGAAGAGCGGACAGCUUACCUGGAGGAAGAAAACAUUACCCUGCAGGACACAAACCAACGCAACACGGAGCUGCUGUUCCACGCUAACAUCGAGCGAAAAGAUCUGCACAACAUGGUUAUGGACCUUCGGGGCAAUAUUCGGGUGUUUUGCCGUGUGCGGCCACCGCUGCCUUCGGAAGCGAACCGAAUCGAGUGCGGUUGGAAGUAUCUGGACGAGCAGUCGAUCGAGCUGAUUGCGAUGGACGGCACUAACAAGCGGAUGGAUUUCAGCUUCGAUCACGUGUUCCAUCCGCGCACGACACAGCAGGACAUAUUCGACAACGUGUCGCCACUGAUACAGUCCGCCCUGGAUGGGUACAAUGUGUGCAUUUUUGCGUACGGCCAAACGGGAAGCGGCAAAACGUAUACGAUGGACGGCGUACCGGACAGCUUGGGCGUUAUUCCGCGCACGGUCGAUGUGAUCUUCAACGCGGUCCAUGAUUACAAGUGCUUUGGCUGGGAGUAUGAGAUCCGAGUCACGUUCCUUGAGAUCUAUAACGAAGUGUUGUACGAUCUGCUGGACACCUCUGGCACGACGAAAGAGCUCGAAAUUAGAAUGGCCAAUGCGAAAAACAAAACGGAAGUGUAUGUGUCCAACAUCAUCGAGCAAACGGUCGAAUCGACUGGCCGUUUGCACCAGCUGAUGAAUAUUGCCAAGAUGAAUCGUGCAACGGCCGCGACCGCCGGCAAUGAGCGUUCGUCUCGGUCACAUGCGGUGACGAAAAUAACACUGAUCGGAACGCACCAGGACAAGGGUGAAACGUGCAUCGGUUCGGUGAAUCUCGUCGAUUUGGCCGGUUCCGAAAGUCCCAAGACGAGCGUACGCAUGGACGAAACGAAAAACAUUAACCGAUCGUUGAGCGAGCUGAGCAACGUUAUUUUGGCGCUGGUGCAGCGGAACGAACACAUUCCGUACCGGAACUCGAAGCUAACGCAUCUGCUGAUGCCCAGCCUGGGCGGCAACUCGAAAACGCUGAUGUUUGUGAACGUAUCGCCGUUUCAGGACUGUUUUAUGGAGACCGUCAAAUCGCUCCGAUUUGCGUCGCAGGUAAACUCGUGCAAGAUGCAGAAGGUGAAGAAAAAUAAGGUCCUGAAUGGUUCUGCGGUCAUGUAAUAGCAAGUAAA